AUGAAACUUAGUUUGGUUUAUUCCCCAAAAGAUCAAAGGACAAGAACAUUAACAACUACAAGUAACCGUAGACGGCAACCAAGAACAAGAACAUUAACAACUACAAGUAACCGUAGACGGCAACCAAGGACAAGAACAUUAACAACUACAAGUAACCGUAGACGGCAACCAAGGACAAGAACAUUAACAACUACAAGUAACCGUAGACGGCAACCAAGGAAAAGAACAUUAACAACUACAAGUAACUGUAGACGGCAACCAAGAACAAGAACAUUAACAACUACAAGUAACUGUAGACGGCAACCAAGGACAAGAACAUUAACAACUACAAGUAACCGUAGACGGCAACCAAGGACAAGAACAUUAACAACUACAAGUAACCGUAGACGGCAACCAAGGAAAAGAACAUUAACAACUACAAGUAACUGUAGACGGCAACCAAGAACAAGAACAUUAACAACUUUAAGUAACUGUAGACGGCAACCAAGGAAAAGAACAUUAACAACUACAAGUAACUGUAGACGGCAACCAAGAACAAGAAUCUUAACAACUACAAGUAACUGUAGACGGCAACCAAGGACAAGAACAUUAACAACUACAAGUAACUGUAGACGACAACCAAGGACAAGAACAUUAACAACUACAAGUAACUGUAGACGACAACCAAGGACAAGAACAUUAACAACUACAAGUAACUGUAGACGACAACCAAGGACAAGAACAUUAACAACUACAAGUAACUGUAGACGACAACCAAGGACAAGAACAUUAACAACUACAAGUAACUGUAGACGACAACCAAGGACAAGAACAUUAACAACUACAAGUAACUGUAGACGACAACCAAGGACAAGAACAUUAACAACUACAAGUAUCUGUAGACGGCAACCAAGGAAAAGAACAUUUACAACUACAAGUAACUGUAGACGACAACCAAGGACAAGAACAUUAACAACUACAAGUAUCUGUAGACGGCAACCAAGGACAACUGCGGCACUGAACAAAAUAUAG